GAAACAAAAUCGAAGCUAGAGUUGGUGACAGUUCAGCGACACGUCAACCACACGGAAGUCUUUCCAAGCUGAACGAAGGACCGUAGUCUUAUCGAAAUGGGUGGUUUCUUCUCUAGCCUCUUCUCAGGCCUGUUUGGCACCAGGGAGAUGAGGAUUCUGAUCCUGGGUUUGGACGGCGCAGGAAAAACAACCAUACUGUACCGACUGCAGGUUGGAGAGGUGGUCACCACAAUCCCCACAAUCGGCUUCAACGUUGAGACCGUCACAUACAGAAACCUGAAGUUCCAGGUGUGGGAUCUGGGAGGACAGACGAGUAUCAGGCCCUACUGGCGGUGCUACUACUCAAACACAGACGCAGUCAUCUACGUGGUGGACAGCAGUGACCGUGACAGGAUGGGCAUCUCAAAGUCUGAGCUGGUGGCCAUGUUGGAGGAGGAAGAGCUGAAGAAAGCCAUCCUGGUGGUAUUUGCAAACAAACAGGACAUGGAUCAGGCGAUGACGCCCACUGAGGUGGCCAACUCGCUGGGCCUGCCCGCCCUCAAAGACAGGAAAUGGCAGAUCUUCAAAACCUCGGCCACGAAGGGCACAGGCCUGGAUGAUGCAAUGGAAUGGCUGGUGGACUCCCUGAAGAGCCGACAGUAAAGGCUUCCUCCCACUCUGUAUAUACUCCUGACCUUUGACCCUUCUGUAUGACGCCUUUGUGACUGACCCCUCCCCACUUCCCCUGGACCCGAGAUUGCACUCCUCCCCGCCUCAAGCCUUGGCCAAGCCCUCCCAAUGCCCUAACGCCUUUAAAGCCUGGGACUUUCAAGUGAAGGCUGCAGUAACGUCUGGAUUGGACACACACACAAAGCCCCAUCUCUUUAAUGCUGGUGUCUUGCGUGAUCAUUGUAAAGCAACCUCAGUGAUAGACAAGUUGAUAUCUUUCUUUUUUUGUGUUUUAGAAAUGCAUAAAAGCUGGAAACACCUGUGAACAGAUGGCGCUAAUUUUACGAUCCUAUUUCUAUCAUUGAUUAAGAGGAAUCUAUAUGUAAGGCUUUGUGAAAAUCCCAUAUACUCUAACCCUCUAGCUUUCUCAAAUCAGGUGUCUUUGCUGCACAAUGCAUCCGUUAGCUUCAUCUUCUAACAGAGGGGUCAAGUUGUGAAGCCUGAAGAUGAUCGGUAGGUCCACCAGGAGGCAGUGUUUCCCCGAAAGAGUAAACAGUGCAGAGCUCAGUCUUGCUUCUGAACCAGGACAUGUCACUGAUCGGCAGCAUUGCAAACUCCUGAAACAUCUGUUUUACAGAAUGCUGGACUAGCCAAGCAGCACUCAAUGUCAAUAUUUAGUGCAGUACACUUUCAAUCCAACAUACCUCUAUGUAAACAGUCUGCUGGCUUGUUUGAAAUGUUUGUGAUUUUGGGCUCUUGGGUUUAAAAACUACUCCACUACAUGUCCUCUGGCCAUGUGUUACUGCAGCCUCGGCUGUUUUUGUACAAUACCGUCAGGCAGAUACAAUGUCAUGGAUUUCUGUUGUAGUUUUUUCCUCCUGUUCAUUUGUUUUGUUCCCACUAUUUUUUAAUUACUAAGUAGUUUAAAGUCUUUUUCCAUUGGAAUCCUUGAGUCCAGCUUUGGCAUAUUAGUCAAUGGGUUACUGAACACUAACUGUAUGCUCAAAGUUUUAUGGUUGCAUAUUUAUAUCUGCUUGUACAGUGAAAAUGAUUCUCAGUAAAGAUUGCCAUCAGUGAUUGUA